UGCCGCUGUGUAGCGUUGUGUGUGUGGCGUGUGCACGAAGAGGUGGUGUGGGACGCCUGGCCGGCUCGCUGCUUGUCAUUUCAGUCAGGUUUAGUGCUGCUCGCCGGUCCUCCCUCCUCACCCCCCUUCUCCUGUUCAGUCAUAUUGUGCUCACCACUCCCCCCCUCCUUCUUCUUCCUCCUCCUCCCUCCCCCAUCCCUGCUUCAGCUUCUGCCGCCUUCAGUCUGCGUGUGAGGGAGAGAGCGGCCGGCGGGGGAGCCGGGGGACACCAUGCUGUGAUCAGGCGCCUCCUCUCUCCCCCACAACUAGACUCCCGGGAUACACACCGGGCUCCACCUGCAUCACCGCCUCCAGAGUAUUCUUGCUACAAUUUCAUGAAAUGAUGUCUACGUUUACCAAGGAACAGUAUUCAAGACAUAUCUGUGGAAUUACCCUUCAAGCUUUUUGAAUAUUCCUUAAAAUGCACUCAAUAUAGUGUUGUCCACAAAAGGCUUUGUUGCAUUUAGCUGUGAAGACCUCUUCCCAGCUGGAUUUCUGGACCUUCUCUGCCCAUUUGCCUGCCCAAAGAGAUUGUGGCAGAAAUGGCGAACAAUUCGGUUGCAUAUAGUGGUGUAAAAAACUCUAUAAAUGAAACUAACCAUGGUGGAGACUUUGGGAUCACUGUUCAAGAACUCCGGGAUCUUAUGGAAUUACGAUCCACAGAUGCAUUACAGAAAGUUCACGAAUGCUAUGGAGAUGUAUACGGCAUAUGUAGUAGAUUGAAAACCUCACCGCAUGAGGGUUUAAGUGGAAAUCCGGCAGACCUUGAAAGGAGGCAAGAAGUAUUUGGAAAAAAUAUUAUACCUCCUAAAAAGCCAAAAACGUUUCUUCAGUUAGUAUGGGAAGCAUUACAGGAUGUAACAUUAAUUAUACUAGAAGUAGCAGCCAUAAUAUCUUUAGGCCUUUCUUUUUACCGACCUCCUGGUGGACAUAACGAAUUGUGUGGAGAAGCCAGUGCUGCAGAAGAGGAAGAAGGGGAGGCAGGCUGGAUUGAAGGAGCUGCUAUCCUUCUAUCUGUUGUAUGUGUGGUGUUAGUAACAGCUUUUAAUGACUGGAGUAAAGAGAAACAGUUCCGAGGGUUGCAGAACCGAAUUGAACAAGAGCAGAAAUUUACAGUUGUCCGUGGAGGGCAAGUUAUCCAAAUACCUGUGGCCGAUAUAGUUGUUGGAGACAUUGCACAAAUAAAAUAUGGUGAUCUGUUGCCCGCUGAUGGAGUACUUAUUCAGGGAAAUGAUCUUAAAAUUGAUGAAAGUUCAUUAACUGGAGAAUCUGACCAGGUUAAGAAAAAUCAGGAAAAAGACCCUCUACUGCUAUCUGGAACACACGUUAUGGAAGGCUCUGGAAAAAUGGUUGUCACUGCAAUUGGAGUAAAUUCCCAAACUGGAAUUAUUUUCACUUUACUUGGAGCUGGGGAAAGUGAAGAAGAGAAAGAGAAAGAAAAGAAAGAAAAGAAAAACAAAAAACAAGAUGGCGCAGUUGAAAAUCGAAACAAAGCUAAAGCUCAGGAUGGUGCAGCCAUGGAAAUGCAGCCCCUUAAGAGUGAAGAUGGUGGAGAUGGAGAAGACAAAAAGAAAUCACAUAUGACAAAGAAAGAAAAAUCUGUUUUGCAAGGCAAACUUACUAAAUUGGCAGUACAGAUCGGCAAAGCUGGCUUGGUGAUGUCUGCAAUUACAGUCAUAAUCCUUGUUAUUUACUUUGUGAUCAAUACAUUCUGGAUUCAGCAACGUCCAUGGUUGGCAGAGUGUACACCCAUUUAUGUCCAAUAUUUUGUCAAGUUCUUUAUUAUUGGAGUCACAGUUUUGGUAGUAGCAGUUCCAGAAGGUCUUCCACUCGCAGUUACCAUUUCACUGGCAUAUUCUGUUAAGAAAAUGAUGAAAGAUAAUAACUUGGUUCGGCAUCUGGAUGCAUGUGAAACCAUGGGAAAUGCCACUGCAAUCUGUUCAGAUAAAACUGGAACAUUAACCAUGAACAGGAUGACUGUUGUCCAAGCUUUCCUAAAUGAUAAACAUUACAGAAAGAUUCCUGAUGCAGAGUCCUUAACUGAAAAUGUGCUGAACCUCCUUAUCACAGGGAUUUCAGUCAACUGUGCUUACACAUCCAAAAUUUUGCCUCCUGAAAAAGAAGGUGGCCUACCACGCCAUGUUGGUAAUAAAACUGAAUGUGCCUUGCUGGGAUUUCUUUUGGAUCUAAAACGUGACUAUCAAGAUGUACGGAAUGAGAUCCCUGAGGAAACCCUUUUUAAAGUGUACACUUUUAAUUCUGGGAGAAAGUCCAUGAGCACAGUAUUGAAAAACAAUGAUGGUAGUUAUCGAAUGUUCAGUAAGGGUGCCUCAGAGAUCAUCCUUAGAAAGUGCUGCAAAGUUCUUACUGCAAAUGGUGAAGCCAAAAUUUUUAGGCCACGGGAUAGAGAUGAUAUGGUUAAGAGCGUGAUUGAACCUAUGGCAUCUGAGGGGCUGCGGACCAUAUGCUUGGCUUAUAGAGACUUUCCUACUGAGGAAUAUGAGCCUGAUUGGGAAAAUGAAAAUGAUAUACUUACUGGGCUCACCUGUAUUGCUGUUGUAGGCAUUGAGGACCCAGUGAGACCAGAGGUGCCAGACGCAAUAAGAAAAUGUCAACGAGCAGGUAUUACGGUCCGAAUGGUAACGGGGGACAACAUUAACACAGCCCGUGCUAUUGCCACAAAAUGUGGAAUUCUUAACCCUGGGGAGGACUUCAUUUGUGUAGAAGGAAAAGAAUUCAAUAGGCGAAUACGAAAUGAAAAAGGAGAAAUUGAACAAGAACGAAUAGAUAAACUUUGGCCUAAGCUUCGUGUUCUCGCUAGAUCAUCUCCAACUGAUAAGCAUACAUUGGUAAAAGGAAUUAUUGACAGCACCAUCUGUGAACAGAGACAAGUGGUAGCAGUAACUGGUGAUGGGACCAAUGACGGACCUGCCUUGAAGAAAGCCGAUGUUGGGUUUGCUAUGGGUAUUGCUGGAACAGAUGUUGCAAAAGAAGCUUCUGAUAUUAUUCUUACAGAUGACAACUUCUCCAGCAUUGUAAAAGCAGUAAUGUGGGGAAGAAAUGUAUAUGACAGUAUCUCCAAAUUUCUACAAUUCCAGCUUACUGUCAAUGUGGUUGCUGUUAUUGUAGCAUUUACUGGAGCAUGUAUCACACAAGACUCUCCGCUUAAAGCGGUUCAGAUGUUGUGGGUAAAUCUUAUUAUGGACACAUUUGCAUCACUUGCUUUGGCAACUGAGCCUCCAACAGAAUCUCUUUUAUUGAGAAGACCUUAUGGGAGAAAUAAACCUCUCAUAUCGCGAACAAUGAUGAAAAAUAUUUUAGGUCACGCAGUCUACCAGUUAGUUGUGGUCUUUACACUGCUGUUUGUGGGCGAGAAACUUUUUGAUAUUGACAGUGGUAGAAACGCUCCCCUCCAUGCGCCUCCAUCACAGCAUUAUACCAUUGUGUUCAACACAUUUGUUAUGAUGCAGCUUUUCAAUGAAAUAAAUGCCAGGAAGAUUCACGGGGAAAGAAAUGUGUUUGAAGGGAUUUUUAACAAUAUGAUCUUCUGCAGCAUUGUAUUAGGUACUUUUAUAAUACAGAUCAUAAUUGUUCAGUUUGGUGGAAAGCCGUUUAGCUGUACAGAUCUGACAGUAGAUCAGUGGCUUUGGUCGGUUUUCCUGGGUAUGGGAACAUUACUUUGGGGCCAGCUGGUAACCUCAAUACCAACAAGUCGUUUGAAGUUCCUAAAGGAAGCAGGUCAUGGGACACAGAAGGAUGACAUUCCUGAAGAAGAGCUUGGUGAAGAUGCGGAGGAGAUUGAUCAUGCAGAGAGGGAGUUACGCCGUGGUCAGAUCUUAUGGUUUAGGGGCCUAAACAGAAUUCAGACUCAGAUGGAUGUAGUGAAUGCUUUCCAAAGUGGAAGUUCCAUUCAGGGGGCUUUAAGGCGGCAACCCUCCAUCGCCAGCCAGCAUCAUGAUAUUCGAGUGGUGAAUGCAUUUCGUAGUUCUCUUUAUGAAGGAUUGGAAAAGCCUGAAUCGCGAAGCUCAAUCCACAAUUUCAUGACACACCCAGAGUUUAGAAUAGAAGACUCUGAGCCUCAUAUUCCGCUUAUUGAUGACACAGAUGCUGAAGAUGAUGCUCCCACAAAACGUCACUCUACUCCACCUCCCUCUCCCAAUCAAAAUAAUAAUGCUGUCGACAGUGGAAUACAUCUUACAAUAGAACCGAACAAGUCAGCUACCUCUUCAUCCCCAGGCAGUCCACUACAUAGUCUGGAGACUUCACUCUGAUUGUAAGAUGAAUGUCAACAUUCUAGCUGAUUUGAAAAGAGAACUGGGUCCUUUACACACAUUGAAGCAGGCAGAUGAGAGUGCCUGCUCCUUGGACUUCAAACGAAGACUCACUUGUAUGAAUGUAGAUUUAUUUUUUUAAGAAAAAAAUGCUUUCUGCCAGACUUGAGGGUGCUUUUCUUGGGAAGGAAAAGGGAUGGGAUAAUUGGGAUGAACUCUUUGACAAGAUACUUUGUAACCCAGCAAAAGCAACCUGCAGAGCAUCAGUUACACUAAAUGAUGAUUGGCCUGGACAGUGUGUUAGGAACAUUCUAGUUUAUAUUGAUCCACAUUAUUAUUAUUUUUUGGGGGCCCGGGGUUGUUCAUUUGAUUAUUUAUGUUAUAAAUGAUACAGAUCUGUUUACAAGGUUUAUAGAUAUUUUCUCCUGUUCAUAGAAGGGAAGUUUCCUUAUUUGCGAUGAAAGACAAAAUGUCCUUUAAACACUGCUGUAUUUUCAAGAAAAAAGGGGUGUUUCUAUUGAAAUUGUUUGAAAAACUUUGCCUGCAAUUUAUUUGCUCAAUAUUGUAGAUAAAUGAACCAAUAGCCAAAUACAAAUAGAAAAAAGAAAAAACACUAAUGCUUCAGGCAAGAUAAAAGCAGCAGUGUUCUAAUUAAAAUGAUGGCCUCUGUCCUUAGUUUCUUUGAGAGUAAAAAAUAAAAAGAAAGCUCACAUUUACUACUUAAUGGUUUUCACAUGAUUUUUUUUUUUCAUGUUGAAGAAAUGAUAAAGAACUUUUUGUUCCAAAGUUCCAAACAGAAUUUUGUGAAAUGCAGGGCAUCGAUGUGUGACGGAUCUUGCUUGAAAUCCUUUUGCUAUCUCCGUCAAAAUAUAUAAAAUCAAAAUACAUCAAAACUUUAGUCUUCUUAAUUUUCUUUUUUUUUGUUUGUCUAAACAUGUUAGUUUUAGCUCUGUCUUGGUGAACUGUGAGUGGAACCGUGUUGAUUUUCUAAUCUUUAGAUGACCUUCAUACAGCAUGAGGGCCUGUUGGCAUUUUGGAAAAAAAAAAA